AUGACACAAUUUGGUGUAACAGCCAUUGGUGCUGGCCAAGACCGCUCCCCUGCUUCGCUAGAGAAGGGGGAAGUCAUCUAUGAUGAGGCAAAUGGAAGCGAUCGAUCGACAGACGUCGAUUUCACUUGGACAGAAGAAGAAGAAAUUAGGGUCCGACGCAAACUGGACCGCGUCAUAGUACCGCUUACGACACUUCUCUACUUGAUGUGUUUCUUGGAUCGGGUAAACGUUGGAAAUGCACGUAUCCAAGGUAUGGCUAAAGACCUAGAUCUCAACAGAGGAGUUCGAUUCAACUGGGUCACGUCGAUCUUUUACAUUGUUUACAUGUUCGUCGAGGUGCCUAGCAAUAUUCUUCUCAAGAAGCUCGGCCCAAAAUACUACUUGCCGCUGCUGGUAUGUGGAUUUGGCUUUGUGUCGCUUUGCAGCGCUUUUGUGCAAAGCUUUGGAGGGUUACUGGCCGCACGAGCUUGUCUCGGUGUAUUUGAAGGUGGUGUUAUGCCUGGCCUUGCAUUCUUCAUCACUUGCUUCUACAAACGCAACGAGCUCUUGUUUCGCAUUGGUAUCUAUGUUUCAGCCGCGUCCUUGGCUGGGGCUUUUGGUGGCCUACUCGCUACUGUACUUGCGCGUAUUCCCCCGUGGGGAGCAUCGACUAUGAUUAUUCACACCUGGCGUAACAUCUUUUUCUUCGAGGGGCUUCUCACCAUAUUGAUAGGCCUCGGCGCGCCCUUCCUCAUGCCCAGCAGUCCAGAAGAAUGCUGGUUUUUGACGGAACGCGAGCGAAUGAUUGCUACACAACGACUUGUUCUCAGAGGUGGAGCCGACGAGAACGAGAAAACUGAGGUGCACCACGUCAAGAGGGCCAUGCUUAACAUCACCAAUUACUUUUGUGCUCUGGGCUUCUUUUUCAUCAACAUCACUGUACAGGGAAUCUCUCUAUUCAUGCCUACUAUUCUCAAAGAUCUCGGUUGGACAGCCACCAAAUCGCAGCUCUACUCGGUGCCACCCUACGUUUGCGCGUGCGUCAUUGCUAUCGCGGUUGCCUUUAUUUCGGACAAGACCAAUCGUCGUGGUCUUUACCUUGCCAUCUUCACUCUUCCUGCGAUCGCAGGAUUUUCGAUUAUGCGAUGGGCAACGGACCCCAACGUCAAGUACGGAGGUAUCUUUUUGAUCACUAUCGGUGCCUUUCCUGGGGGCCCUGGCUUUCUUGCAUGGUCUGCGAACAAUGCAGCAGGACCUGCGAUUCGCUCCGUCUCGACUGCGUAUGUCGUUACUCUUGGUACCGCUGGUGGUAUCCUCGCUACUUGGACAUAUACUUCGACCGACGCGCCCAAGUACCCGACCGGACACACGAUUAAUUUGUGCGGCCAAAUUUGUGUUCUCAUUCUCGCUUUGUUUGGCAUUGCCUACUGCAAAUGGGAAAACAAGCAGCGUGACUUGGGCAAGCGAGACCAUCGUCUUGCCGGUAAAACGGCAGCUCAAAUCAAGGAUCUCGGAUACCGACAUCCUGAGUUCCGGUACAUGCACUAGAUAUGGAUGUUAGGGUGCAAGACGACGUCUCGAUGUCAUAUAUAUCGUCAUGACUCGCAUAUUGAGUGAAAUCAACUUUCGCUUUGGGAUAUGCCCACAUUU